AGACAGGUCUUUCUGUGAAUCCGCGCAGUGUACGAGUAAACAAAAAGUGUAUUUUCCCAUUUUCACCCGCUCACCAGCAUAAAUGAGAGUGUAAACAGAUUGCAAGAGGUUAUGUCAAAGUGGAAAAGUUUUCGGGAGCUUUUCCUGACAUCCUGAGACCCCUGAGGCAAUUGAUUGCUUCUCUCCGGUGGAAAUGGAUGGCGAGGGUGCACCGCGAACGUAUGCCUUGAGUCCUCGUGUUCUGCUCUUCGACAUUGUCCAGCAAUCGUCGAAUGCUCCUGAGCAGCAAGUUCAGGAGGCACAAUCAGCCGAGGAGCCCGAAGUGCGUGGCAGUCCGCGGGGCAGUCGCAGACGUCUCUCACCCCCUAGGACGGUGUCCCCGCUGUCGGAGGACGAUGUUGCGGUGGAGAAUCUGAAGAAGAGGAAAAAGCGAUCGUCCACAAAGCUGCAAUCGCCAACGCAGACACAGAAGAGCGAAGUGCAGAAGCCCAACGACGAGGACGACGAUGACGGGAUCCUGUGUCCCAUUUGCUACGAGGAGUGGGACAUGUCAGGCAUCCACAGACUCACAUCACUCAAGUGCGGACAUCUGUUUGGUCACUCUUGCAUCAAGCGGUGGCUGUCGGAAAGUCCCCCGGGCGCCAGGGUGUGUCCCUCGUGCAAGAGCAAAGCCACUCUGCGCGACAUGAGAUUCCUGUACGCCAAGCGCCUUCGGAUGGUGGACAACAGCGAGAAGGAGAGGAUUCAGACGCUCCUGGAAGAGGCCUUGGUGGACAAGUCUCGUGCACAGACGGAAUUGUCCAUGUUGCGCCAUCGCUAUGAGCAGCAAAUCAGCGAAAAUGCCCGCCUCUCGCGAGAACUGUGUGAAUUGCGAGCAUCCGGGAAUGUUCCUGCCAUCAGCGAUGCCUCGGCGGAGGCGCCGCGGAAGCAGUACAGAAUCUUCCUGGAGAAGAACGUGGAGCUGAGCCGAGAGGCCGGGUGUCGUGUGAUCCAGUUCGCCAGGAAGGGCAGAUCGCUGGUGGUGUCGCAGAAGUCUAAUCAGGGCCUGUUUCCGGGCUACGGCGUGCGCUUCAUGGACCUGAGCACACUCAAGCCCACGACGUUCAUGCACAUGACAGCCCGAUCGAUCCGCGACGUGGCCUUCGACUGCGAGGGCGUUCUGCUGGUGGCCGCGUCGGUGGAUCAGGGGGUGAAAGUGUACGAUGUGACGUCGAGGCAGUGCGCAGUGACGCUCAAGUGUCCGGAGGAGGACUCGUCGGUGUCCAAGGUGAUCUGGUCGUGCUGCUUCGAUCGCACGCGCGAGCAGUCCGUGAUCGUGGGCUGCCAGAAUGGACGCGUGAGCAGAUUCGACAUGCGCAAUCCGACGACGCCGCAGGACUUUCGCGCGCAGCCCGUGGACUUGAGCCCCGUGAUCAAUAUCGUGUCCAUUGUGCCGGACAACACGAUGCCUUGCGGCGCUGUGCUCGUGUGCACGCUGCAGAAUCUCUGGCUGUACGAGUUGGGCGCCGACGGAAUGCCCAGUGACAUCACGGCGCUGCCCCUCGAGGGCCCCUUCACCGCCAUGGUGUACGACGACGCCACCAGGCGCGUGCUGGUCACCGUGCGGCCCAGCCAGGCCACCAAUCGGCCCACGUCGCAGUACAUCGUGGGGCGCUUCGACAGAAUCAACGAGUCGGUGGCCUUCAUCGUCAGCCACACCUUCGCCGGCUCCAACACCAUGCCAGUGAUGUUCCGCUCGGCGCUGCUGGGCCUGGAGCAGGACACGCUGGUGGCGGCGUACGUGCACAGCCGGAAAGCCCUCACCACGUUCUCCACGCGCGACAACUGCCGCCUGCAGACCAUCUCGGCGGCGGAGCCCAUCAUGGACCUCUGUCCCUUUCUCCACGACUCGCAAAUCUACCUCGGCGCACUCACAGACACCAAAUGCCGCUUCUACAAGGUCGAGUGACCAUUCCCGUGUGUUGCGCUAAGAGACAUCGCCACGCUGGCCACGCUGAAGACGAGAUUCUGUUGUUAAAGACUUUUGCAUUCAAUAAACUUAAUUAUCUUGAUU